AAACACCCAACAAGAGAGUGCUUCUCGUAAAGAAGCAACACAGGGAGAGAUGGGGAUGUACAAAGAGCUGUAUGUGGAGGAAGUGAAAACCAGAAGAUGCCUUGCCAAGAAACUGGAAAGGCUGGAAAAGCUUCUGAGGAUAGAGAGCAGGAAACUCUGGGUUAAUGAAGAGAAAGGAAGUCAGUCCCAGCUGGAAGAAAUGAAGAAGAGAUAUUCUGAAAAGGUCAAGGAAGUUGAAAGAUUCCAAAAAGAGGUUGCUGAACUUUCCCAGCAGUUGGACAGGGAACAUGAACAGUGCACGCAGCUGGAGGCCAAAAAUCAGGCUUUGCAAGAAGAACUGUCUGCCCUGCGUGGGGAGUGCGAGAACCUGGCCAUGGACAAAUGCCAGCUGCAAGAAGAGCUGGCAAAACUCCACCAUCAUUUGGAGACCAACGUGGUGGAUCGCAGCCAACUCGAACAGUGCAAAAGAGAGGUGGAAGAACAAGCAGACCAGGAAAUAAGACAAAAACUCCAAGAAGUCAAUGAGUUUUUGCAAGCACAGGCAGCCCACCAGGACACCUUAGAAGAAAUCAGAGCCAGUCAUGUGGACUCACUGAAAAAACAGUUAGAAGACAGAAUUAGAGAUCUGGAACGUGCACUGGGAAGGACAAAAAGCAACCAAGCAGAAAGACCUUUUCAAAAGGAAUCCACCCAGGCAGAAGUGGAAAAGUACAAAGAGCUGUAUCUGGUGGAAGCCCAAACCAGAAAAAGCCUCGCCAAGAAACUGGAAAGGCUGGAAAAGCUUCUGAGGAUAGAGAGCAGGAAACUCCGGGUUAAUGAAGAGAAAGGAAGUCAGUCCCAGCUGGAAGAAAUGAAGAAGAGAUAUUCUGAAAAGGUCAAGGAAGUUGAUAGAUUCCAAAGAGAGGUUGCUGAACUUUCCCAGCAAUUGGACAGGGAACGUGAACAGUGCACGCAGCUGGAGGCCAAAAACCAGGCUUUGCAAGAAGAGCUGUCUGCCCUGCGUGGGGAGUGCGAGAACCUGGCCAUGGACAAAUGCCAGCUGCAAGAAGAGCUGGCAAAACUCCACCAUCAUUUGGAGACCAACGUGGUGGAUCGCAGCCAACUCGAACAGUGUAAAAGAGAGGUGGAAGAACAAGCAGACCAGGAAAUAAGACAAAAACUCCAGGAAGUCAAUGAGUUUUUGCAAGCACAGGCAGCCCACCAGGACACCUUAGAAGAAAUCAGAGCCAGUGAUGUGGACUCACUGAAAAAACAGUUAGAAGACAGAAUUAGAGAUCUGGAACGUGCACUGGGAAGGACAAAAAGCAACCAAGCAGAAAGACCUUUUCAAAAGGAAUCCACCCAGGCAGAAGUGGACAAGUACAAAGAGCUGUAUCUGGUGGAAGCCCAAACCAGAAAAAGCCUCGCCAAGAAACUGGAAAGAGCUACUGAGAGACUUGCAGUGGCCAACACCAAGCUCUUUUUGGAGCGCCACAGAAGCAGAUCUGCAGUCCCAAGCAGCGCUGUCAGCGGAGUUCUGGCUGCAAGUCCACUUCUGGAUUCACCUGGCCUGGGACAUGUUGGCAUCAGUUUGGGACUGAGCAGAAGUCUGGCUCUCAGAACACCACCCAGACACCUGUGGUAAAGCCCAAGACUUCUGCUCAUCAGGACAUCCUGUAAGGGACCGUUCAGAUGGAUGGAACAAAUUGCUUCCUUUCCUUAAUUUCGACAUCCACGGCCUAGUAGCCAGUUUCCUUAAUGGUGGCCUUCAAGGUUUGGUAGCAAAGACUCCAAGAUCAGCUCUAACCCAUCCCUACAUUGUUCAGCGACAAUGAUCCUAGUGGUGAAGGCAGCGAAAAUGCUACUUAAAAUUGGAGAGGUGGUGCUGCAUUGGCCCCCUUGUUGUACGAAAGGAAUCGCUGGAGCUUUGGGGACAAGAAGUGCCAACGGCCACGACAACUGUGCACAGGCAACAGUAUCGGAGGAACCGAGAUGCUGUGACCCCCAUCCAUCCAUCCAGUACAUCCAUGACAUCAUUGUGUGGGGGGACACAGCAGAAGAAGUUUUCGAGAAAGGACAGAAGAUCAUCCAGAUUCUCCUCGAGGCCGGUUUUGCCAUCAAGAAGACUUUCAGAUUCAGCAAUGUCCUCACUCCCGACAGACCAGGGUCCCUUUCCAGAGUAAUGGAGGAGCACCGUGAUUUUUUAAUCCAAAAUUCCCGGAUUUGAAUGAAAUGCUCUGGAAAGGCUCUGGAAAUCAUUGGGUGUUCACAAUCAUCAAUGAAGAUGUUCACCAGGAAUUGCUGAUCACUGGCCUCCAGCUGGAUGUUGCACUCCUGAUCACCACCCUGGCCAGCAGAUUUCAACCAGCCUGCUGUCUGCUCAUCCAGCCCAUACUUCAUGGGCUUCUCUGUGAGGGAGCCCUGUCUGUGUCCACUAGUACACACAUUCAUUUUGAUUUUAAACAAUCAAACAGAA